UUCCCUGCAGCCCGCCGUGCACAUGGCACCUGGCGCCGCACAGCUACAGCCCCGCACCCCCGGGCGUUCGCACUGAGCGACCCGCUCCUGCGGCUUCCCGCAGCCACACGGGACCAGGAUUUUUGGCUGCUAGGGGUGAAGUGACCUCUUAGAUGGAACAAGGAUAAAAACCAUAUGUCUUUGAUCUCCGGAGCCCUGAGAAAAUGGAGAGCCUUAGAGAUCCCUAUACAGAUGAUGCGAUUGUGAGAGAAAGCGAAGAGGAGAAUCCUCAGCUGAAGCUAGACGCAGGAAAGAAACUAGACACGCAUGCUGGCCCCAUUAACUAUCAGAGGCCGCGCGGCAGAGAAAAUCACUAUCAAUGUACAGAAUGCAGGAAAAGCUUCAGUGUUCAUUCGGCACUGAUCAAACACCAGAGAAUCCACACUGGAGAGAAACCCUAUCAGUGCAGUGAAUGUGGGAAAAGCUUCAGUGUAAGCUCGACGCUGGUUACUCAUCAGAGGAUCCAUACGGGGGAGAGGCCCUACAAAUGUGUGCAGUGUGGGAAGAGCUUCAAUCAAAGCUCACACCUCACUCAGCAUCAAAAGAUCCACAAGGGAGAGAAGCCAUGUACAUGUACUGAAUCCGGAGGAGGCUUUACUGACAGCUCAACAUGCGUGAAACAUCCAGGACUGCAUGCUGGAGCAGGGCCCUAUAAAUGUGCUGAAUGUGGGAAAAGCUUCAAUCGGAGCUCCACUCUCUACAACCACAACAGGAUCCACACGGGAGAGAAACGCUACAAAUGUGAUGAAUGUGGAAAAAGCUUCAGUGUGAGCUCCAACCUUAUCAGGCAUCAGAAAAUCCACACGGAGCAGAGACCCUAUAAAUGUCUUGAAUGCCGUAAGAGCUUCAGCCUGAGCUCAGAUCUGGAAGUGCAUCAGAGACUUCACCUGGGAGAGAAACCCCACAAAUGUUCUGAGUGUGAGAAAAGCUUUGAUCAGGAGUCACAGCUCCUGAAACAUCAGCGAGUUCAUGCUGGGGAAAACUCAUAUGAAUGUGUGGAGUGCAGGAAGAGCUUUAGUAGGAAGGGGAACCUCCUGAGACACCAGGAGAUCCACACUGGGGACAAACCCUACCGGUGUAAUGAAUGUGGGAAAAGCUUCAGCCGGAGUUCGUCACUCAUGCAGCAUCAGCGGAUCCACACUGGAGAGAAACCCUACAGUUGUAUCGAAUGUGGUAAGAACUUCAGCUUUAGCUCCCAGCUCACCACCCACCAGCGGAUCCACACAGGGGAGCGGCCCUACAAAUGUAACGAGUGCGGGAAAAGCUUUGUGGACAGCUCGGGUCUCAUUCAGCACCGGAGAAUUCACACGGGAGAGAAGCCCUACCAAUGCACUGAGUGUGGGAAGAGCUUCCGGCAGAACUCGGUGCUGAUUCAACACCGGAGAACCCACACCGGUGACAAGCCCUUUGAGUGUGGGGAGUGCGGUGAACGCUUCAGCCAGAGCUCCACGCUGAUCACACACCAAAGGAUUCACACUGGGGAGCGGCCCUACCACUGCAGUGAGUGCGGGAAGAGCUUCAGUGAGAGCUCACACCUCACGCAGCAUAGGAGAAUCCACACGGGGGACAAGCCCUACAAGUGCAGCGAGUGUGGGAAGAGCUUCAUUCAGAGCUCGCAGCUCACCACCCACCAAAGGAUCCACACAGGAGACAAACCCUACCAGUGCCACACCUGUGGGAAGAGCUUCAGUGACAGCUCGGCACUCACCCAGCAUCAGAGAGUCCACACAGGGGAGCGACCGUAUCAGUGCACGGAAUGUGGGAGGAGCUUCAGCCAGAGCUCUGCCCUGGUGCAGCACUGGAGGAUCCACACUGGAGAUAAGCCCUAUGAGUGCACCGAGUGCGGGAAAACUUUCAGCCAGAGUGCAGGGCUCACUCAGCACCGGAGCACCCAUGCGGGAGAGAGACACUGAGACAGGGACCCUGGAGGGGAGUCCUGGACUUCAUACUCCACUUCAGGGACUAGCCUUGUUGAGCAAGAGACAGUGCACGUGGAAGAGAAACCCUAUCAGUGUUCUGAAUGUGGGAAAAGCUUCAGUCGAAACUCCUAUCUUACUCAGCAUCAGAGAAUCCAUGUGGCAGAGAAACCCUUUGGUUGUGGUGAAUGUUUGAAAAGCUUCAUUCGGAAUUCAGACCUGGUUAAACACCAGCGAAUCCACACAGGAGAGAAGCCUUAUCAAUGCAAUGAGUGUGAGAAAACCUUCAGUCAGCGGUCAAAUGUUAUCAGACACCAGAGAACCCACACGGGUGAAAAACACUAUAAAUGUAAAGAAUGCGGGAAGAGCUUCAGUCAGAAUUCGCACCUCAUUGUACACCAAAGAAGCCACAAGGGCGAGAAGCCCUACCAUUGUACUAGAUGUGAGAAAAGCUUCAGUGAUUGCUCAUCGCUUAUUAUACACAGAAGAAUCCACACAGGGGAGAAACCCCGUCAAUGUAAAGAAUGUGGGAAAAGGUUCCGUGACAGCUCCGCCAUCAUCCGACACCAGCGAAUCCACACGGGAGAGAAACCAUACAAAUGUGGUGAUUGUGGAAAGAGCUUCCGACAGAGCUCAUCGCUUAUUACCCACAGAAGAACGCACACAGGAGAAAAGCCCUACAAAUGCUCAGUGUGUGAUAAAAGCUUCAGUCAGAGCUCGGCACUUGCGACUCAUCACCGAAUCCAUACAGGAGAAAAUCCCUAUCGAUGUUCUGAAUGUGGGAAAACCCGGAGUGAUCGCGCCGCACUUAUUUCACAUCAGAGUGUCCACACACAAGGAAAACCUUACAAGUGUGCUGAAUGUGGAGAAAGCUUUAGACGGAGCUCCGCACUUAAUGUGCAUCUGAGAAUCCACAGAGGAGAGAGACCAUAUACAUGUGAUGAAUGUGGGAGAACCUUCAGACAAAGCUCAGCCCUUGAUGCGCAUUCGCGAAUCCACACAGGAGCAAAACCCUAUAAAUGUAGUGAAUGUGGAAAAAACUUCAGACAGAGCUCAGCACUUAAAGUGCAUUUGAGAGUCCACACAGGAAAGAAACCCUAUAAAUGUAUUGCGUGUAGGAAAAGUCUCAGUUUGCGUUCACAUCUAGUAUAGCAGGGGUGUCCAAACCAUGGCUCGUGAACUGCAUGCGGCUCUUUUACAAUUAAAUUGCAGCUCGCAGAUCCCCCUCCCCGCAUUCUCCAUCGACCAGACUGGGGGGGAGCUUGAUACCUCUGCCUUUCAGCGGGAUGGUGGGGUAUGGCCUUCUGCCCAGAGGGGAGGGGGUCUCAGGGCUUCAGCCCUGUGGGGCAUGCCUGCUGGGCUUAGGGCUUUAGCAGAAGUGGGGUUGAAGCCCCAAGACCCUGUAAGGUGCCUCCCAUGGGGCUGAAGCCCAGAGCCCCAGCAGCUCUCAAACUUCUGAAGAUUGUCAAAUGUGGCUCAGAGGGUCAAAGUAAGUUUGGCCACCCCUGUAGUAUAGGAUUAGAGUGGCAAUAUGGAACAGAAAGCAGUAGCAGACAUUGGUUAUUUGGGGUAUAUAAAAAGGAGUGAGGCCCAGAUUCAGAAAGGAGUCUAAGUUUCAGUUUUCGGCACUGCUGCAAACCACGCACGCCGCCGCCGUCCCCCCCAGUAAGCUGCUGCUUAACUCUACAGGCACCUAAUUCAUUUGGCACCUAAAUUUUCACUGUAGCCAUCUCCUAGUCACAUAAGUGUCGGCCUCUGGGUAUGCACCCUGCCACCUCACUGGAAGCAUUUGGACACCUAAACACCAGCGUGAUGCUCGGAGCAGGGGAAGUUGGGUGAUCCUCCUACCUUGCCUGCAGAGCCCAUGCCAGUAGGCAUAUUCUGAGCAGACCUAGCAGAUUCGGGCUACAUUCAAAAUCCUGAUGGAGUAGGAGAAGCCUCCUCCCCUAUAACUUUUAGCCUAGUGGUUAAAACACUUACCCAGGAACAAGUGGAACAGCUUCAACAUGAGAGAUUGAGGACACCCCACAUCAGAGUUAGGGAUGUAAAAUAUUAAACUGUUAACUGGUAAGCACUAGUCUUACCGGUUAACCCACCCUAACCGUUACCCCCAGCUGCAGCCCCGGGCCAGCCAGAGAGGCCCCAGCCCGGCCGGAGCGGCCCCUCUCCCUAUAAUUGGUUAACCGAUUAAAUGAUAUUUCAAUCAUUUUAACGGUUAACUUUUUAAACAAUAUUUACACCCCUAAUCAGAAUAUCCCAUAGCCCAGUGGUUUGGGCCUUUUCCUCAGAGAUAGGAGAUCCCUGUUCAAAUACCUUCUUCCCUUCAAGCAGAGGAGGGGAAUUGAACUGGGCAUGAGUGUGGAGAAACAAGAGUGGAAGAGAGCUGGCUGUUGGACUGAUCAUUCUGAUAUCAAAGAGAGGUGGUUGAUGCUAGAAAAUUGGGGUAUUCUGGAAUGAAUGAGUGAAUUGUGGGGAGCUGAGUGCUAGUGGAGUGGGUUGUUUUAUAGAUUGUGUGGAGGAGGUGUAAUGUGGAUGUGAGGGAUGGGGUGUUGGGUGCUGGAUAAUUUGGGGAUAGGGAGUGGGGAUUUGUAGUAGAAUAGAAAGGGAGAUUUUUUUAGAUUUUUAUCUUAUUUUAUUUACAUACAAGAAGGUUAAAAUAAUUUCCAGAUUGGUUCUCAGCCACACCUUCAGUUUACUACAAAUUGUAAGCAGUCCUGGGGAUGUCAUCUCUUCUUGAACUGUGGAUGGCAAAGUAAUCUGUUUUUGGUGACUCUCACUGAACAUAAAUCAGUAAUGUCACCAGAUUUUAGACACGGGAUUUGGGUUAUUCCCUUUCUUUGAUCUUAAAGAUGGGAGCUCUGUCUGUUUUUCUUCCUCUUUCCAAGAGAUUUACGGUAGGACUUAAGAGUUCUGAACUGACCAGUCAACAACACAUCUCAUUUGGAACCAGAAGUACACAAUCAGGAGGCAGCGGGUGCGGGAAGCAAGUACUGUACUGUGUUAAACGUAAACUACUAAAAAAAGGGAAAGCAGCAUUUUUCUUCUGCAUAAUACAUCUUUGAAGCUUUACUAAGUCAAUGUUCAGUUGUAAACUUUUGAAAGAACUACCAUAAUGUUUUGUUCAGAAUUACAAACAAACUCCAUUCCCAAGGUGUUCGUAACUGUGAGGUUCUACUGUAUUCAGUUUAAAGGACUCUUACCUCCAUAAGCAAAAAUCAGGAGACACACUGAAAUCAAAGUGAAGUAGCUGCUCUCAAAGAGGAUGGAUACAUAAACACUUUCACAGUGAGUGCUAUCCAUCUUUUCCUCCCUGGCAGCAUCUCUAGAAUAUGUCUCUUCUCAUUGAAACACCUUUAGCAUGUAGAGCGGGAGACUAACAAAACCUAGACAAUAAUGUAACCUUCUAAUUUAAACAAAAGAAGCUUUUGGAUGUCCUAGCUAUACCCAUUUCACAUUUUGGGUUCCCAUGGAAGCCAGAGACUGUUUCCAGUUUUCUAGUCCUUUUGGUAAUGCAAUACUUUUGUUCCUUCUUUAACUAGUUACUGCUAGUAAAAUGCUUUUAACAUAUAAAGCACUACAUAAUUGCUCGCAAUGAUAAUUACUUUUAUUACUAUGUUAAUGUUUCCAUAUUACAUAAAACCUCUUUCCAUAUUGUAUAUUACUGUUAUUGUUUCACUUGUUACUGUCAACAGUAUUUCCAUAUUAUAUAAAACCUCUUUUCUCCCUAUUG